AUGGCAGACAUAAGCCUAGACCCAUAUUAUGUUCUUCAAGACAAAUCCGAAAUCGACAAGGAAGAUUUGGAUGGAGAGUUGAAAAUUAUAGGAACGGACUACACGUACACCCACAGGAUAAUAUGGCCGAUUGUGCUAGCCAUGGCUGUGUUACACAUCGGAGCGAUUACUGGGUUAGGGCUGGUCCUUGGAGGACACGUAAAGGUCGCUUCGAUACUAUGGGCUGUUUUCUUGUCUUGGGUGGCCACUGAAGGGGCGCACAUGGGGGCCCACCGCUGCUUCAGCCACAGAGCCUUCAAAGCAAAGCCGUUGCUGAAAGUCAUAUUGCUGAUCAUGCAAACCAUUUCAGGACAGCACUCAAUGUACAUCUGGUGCCGGGACCACCGCUUGCACCACCGUUACUCAGACACCGACGGAGACCCUCACAACUCAAAAAGAGGCAUGUUCUAUUCCCACUUCGGCUGGUUGAUGACCAGCAGACACCCGCUCUGUAAGAAGCUGAGGAAUACCAUCGACAUGAGCGACUUGCAGCAGGAUCAAUUGGUGAUGGUCCAGUAUAGACACUUCCGACCGCUAUACUUUUUCUUGGGUUUCCUCCUACCCGUCUGGCUGCCGAUGCAUUUCUUUCAAGAGACGUUCACGAAUGCAGUGUUUGUGUGUUUCUUCCUGCGCUACGUGUACACAAUGCACGUUACGGCCUGUAUCAAUAGCUUGGCUCACAAGUUUGGUAUUAGGCCCUAUGAUAAAACAAUCCAACCGGUCGAGACCUGGUUCGUAUCUCUGCUGAGCCUGGGCGAGGGCUGGCACAACUACCACCACGCGUACCCCUGGGACUACAAGGCGGCCGAGAUCGGGAUGCCGCUCAACCCCACCGCCAGCCUCAUCAGGCUGUGUGCUUCUCUUGGACUGGCGUACGAUCUGAAGUCUGUCGACCCUGAGAUGUUACACAAAAGGAUAAUGAACAAAGGAGACGGCACUUACGAGGUGAAGUACCUGCAGGAGCACGUCACGGCCAUCGGUCCGCUGCACCCGCUCAACCCCAGCUACCGCGGCACGUGCCCAGACCCUGAAAUCAAGCUGAAAGUCAGAAUGAAGCCCUAAGGACAAUAAUUAUGCUAGAUUCCUAAGAAAACUUUCAGUCCGUCAAUUAUAUUAUUAAAAAUAUUGGACACGUAGGUAUAUUUUUAUUUGUCAAUCAAACAAGAAAUUAGAAAGUUAUGGUGCGUUGAAUAAACUUGAAUACCGCUGGUGCUACACUUUUAACCAUUGACGUCACGGGCGUCUUUUGAACUUUGGCGCGCUAUAUCUCUCAACUUUCAUUACUUUGAAAAAGUGAAAAAUACGUACGUGUCGAUUGUCGAGUAUUUUUGAUAAUUUAACUAACGGACUAAUUCAAACCCUUGAGUUUAUUAGAAGAUGAACACGCUCAAGCCAAAAAUCUCUAUUCAAAACCGGUUUCUGAAUUAAAUUUCCGAACGAAUUUUACGAA